GGCGGCGGGCGGCGGGCGCCAUUGUGCUGCGGAGCAGGCCGCGGCGGUGGCAGUUCGCGGUUCUGCGACGCCGCGCUCCGGACCUCUCUCGCCGCUUUUCUCUCUCUUUCCCUCCUUCCCUUUCUCUUUCUUCUUCUCUCCCUCCCCUUCCCCGCUCCGCCGCGGACAUGCCGCGCGUCUACAUCGGCCGCCUGAGCUACCACGUCCGCGAGAAGGACAUCCAGCGCUUCUUCAGCGGCUAUGGCCGCCUGCUCGAGGUCGACCUCAAAAAUGGUUACGGCUUCGUGGAGUUCGAGGACUCCCGCGAUGCCGACGAUGCCGUUUACGAGCUGAACGGCAAGGACCUGUGCGGGGAGCGCGUCAUCGUGGAGCACGCCCGCGGCCCGCGCCGCGACAGGGACGGCUACAGCUACAGUAGUCGCAGUGGGGGAGGUGGAGGCUAUAGCAGCCGGCGGCAGUCUGGACGAGAUAAAUACGGCCCCCCCGUGCGGACAGAGCACAGGCUGAUUGUUGAGAACCUGUCCAGUCGCUGUAGUUGGCAGGAUUUGAAAGAUUUCAUGCGGCAGGCUGGGGAGGUGACCUAUGCGGACGCGCACAAGGAGCGCACCAACGAGGGCGUGAUCGAGUUCCGCUCCUACUCGGACAUGAAGCGCGCCCUGGACAAGCUGGACGGCACCGAGAUCAACGGCAGGAAGAUCCGGCUGGUGGAGGACAAGCCCCGCUCCAGCCACCGCCGCUCCUACUCGGGCAGCAGGUCCAGGUCACGCUCCAGGAGGCGCUCCAGGAGCAGGAGUCGCAGGAGUCGCAGCAGCCGCAGCAGGUCCCGCAGCAUCUCCAAAAGCAGGUCCAGGUCUAAAUCCAGGUCCCGAAGCAAAGACCGCUCCCGCUCCCGGUCGAAAAGCAGGAAGUCCAGGUCCAAGAGCAAGUCCAAAGCCAAGUCUGACCGGGGCUCACGCUCCCACAGCCGCUCCAAGGAGAAGUCGGAGAAGUCUCGCUCCAGGUCCCGGUCCCGGUCCCGGUCUCCCAAAGAGAACGGUAAAGGCGACGCCAAGUCCAAGUCGCGGUCGCGGAGCAGGUCGCGCUCCGCCUCCCCCCCGCAGCAGCCCUCCGCCAAGGCUCGCUCCGAGUCGCCGCCCAAGAGAGCCGCCUCCCGCUCCCGCUCCAGAUCCCGCUCCAAGUCUCGCUCCAGAUCGAGAUCCAGCUCGAGGGAUUAAGGGCAGGGCUCCGCUCCUGCUCCCUGGCACGCCCUCACGGGACGCUCUCCCCCCUCGGGCCCUUAGUGUUAUGUUAGUACUUCCGGAGUGGGGCUUUCCUUUCGCUCUUGCAGGAGGCCGUGGCCUGAGAACUCAGCCGCCAGGCUUCGGAGGGCCGCGCUGGGAUCCCAGGCUGAGAUGGGAUGGGUGGUACCCAGCGGGGACAAGGGGCAGCGAAACAACACAGCACCAGAUCCCUCUUUUUGUAGCAAUCCAGCUCAAGGGUUUUGGUUUUAUAGCAUUUCUGCAGGAGUUUAACUUAUCUACUCUGAAGUGCAAAGUGGUUUUUAUAUGAAAAAUAAAACUGAAUCUAAAGAGGCUUCCAUCUGGGCUUUAUU